GAAACAGCUUCAGAAUGAAUUAAGAAAGAAAAAUAGAAGGGAAAUGGAAACAGGGGAAGGAGGGGAGAGAGUGAGAUCCGAGAAAGCAGAGAGAAAGAGAAGGAAGAGCGCCGGGGGAAGAAGGAAAACGCGCCGGAGCUGGUGGGCUGUUCCGCCGCUCCUCGUCACGGGUGAAGCCGUCGCCGCCACCGAUGCGUCCAUGCCGUCGUGUGUCACUGAUAGAGGAAGAGGAGCGCGAACCAGAGCCAUGCAAGGGAGGAGCAAAGCGCGCGCAGGGGAGGAGUCACCGCUACCAUGGUUAAGGUCGCCGACGUCGUCCUCACCGCAAGCCAGAGUCACCGUCAUCCAUGGUGGAGCCAAGGAGAGAGAGGGUCCACGGGGAAAGGAAGGUUGUUCGCGUUCUGCCGCCGCUGUUGGAAGGAUGGCCGCCCUCGCCGAUUUACUCGCCGCCAUUUAUGCUUGCCGCUACAUCGCCGGAGCUCCACGCCGUCGCCGGAACCCGUCUUCUUGGUUCGAGUUCCGGUAUUUGCGCGUCGAAAUUAAGGUUGUUGUCGAACCACCGGAGCUUCUGGUAGCCGCCUUCACUAGAGGUAAUUGCCGAAGCUGCCGCCUGAUUGGUCAGAGGGUUAUUGUUGCCUUCCGGGCCAGAUUCACCGAUUAAUGCUACCGCCGCCACUGGCUUGCCAUUUCUGCUCGACUGUGCCCUUAUUUGUCGUUCUGAUUGUUGAAAGGAAAUGUUGUCGAAGCUAUAGCUUCUCCGUUCCCCAUUCUCUUGUUCCUUUUCUGGUAAGACAAAUUCUGUUGUGCUUUAUCUCGCCAUAAUACUCCAUUCCGACUCUUGUUUUAUUAGUGCGUAAUGUUCCUCUUUGCCUUGCUUGGUUGUGUUUAUUUUGUCUAUUACCUAAAGUUGCUGUAUUUGCGGUUAUUACUUUUGCUUGCCGUUCCUCUCCGUUAGCAGAGGGUGCUGGGAAUACAAAUCAUGAUGUAGCUGCUGCAGAAUAAGGUGAAAAGAGGGUCUAUCGCGUUAAAAUCGCUGCGGGUUUGAUUCUUUGAGGAACCGGAAGAAGAAGCAUUAAGAAGAGUUGUACUGCGUUUGGUUUAUAAGUUGUUGAAUUAAUUAGAUUAUUUUCUUCCCUCGUCAUUGUUAUCACAAGUUUGUAAGAGGGAUAGGAUUUGUAUGUUUUAUAUGUAUAUUAUAUUAUGAGUUAUUAUGUAAGUAGUCUUGUAUAUGAAUCUAUGCCUGUUUGUAUUUUCUUAAAAUCAAUUGUUUAUUUCCGGUUUUUCAAAGAAAUCAGCGCUACAGUGCAAGUCACAGGCUCCUAUUUUAGUAUUUAGUAUGUAAAAUAGUCGUAAUACUUCUUUCUAUUAGAGUAGCGCAGUUGGAAGCGUGAUUUCUGAUAGUGAGGGUGUUACAUUUAGCUUCUGCAGUUAAUUUGUUUCGUUAAGUAUUUGAUGUAACACGUUAAAUAGUAAUGUGACCAGCUGCAAUAUUAACAUGGCAAGAUGUAUUAUAUAAAGAGAAAGUUUA